GGGAAAAAUAAGGAGAGAGGUGCAGAGCAAAAGAUGAGGGUUAUAGUAGCACUUGAUGACAGUGAAGGGAGCUUCUAUGCUCUGCAGUGGACACUUGAUAAUCUUACCAACGGUAUCACAGCAUCGAAUGAAUCCAGCUCAGAAUCUGGGAUGCUCACGCUUGUUCACGUUCAGCAGCCGUUUCACCCCGCCAUCUACCCUGUCGGUCCCGGCGGAGCAGCUUUCUAUACGCCACCUGCAGUGAUGGAGUCCGUAAAGAAAGCCCAGGAGGAAAGUUCUGCAGCAAUACUCUCCCGAGGAGUAAAAAUGUGCAGGAAAAAGAAGAUCAAAGAAGAAACUCUGAUCCUUGAAGGGGAUCCAAAGGACAUGAUUUGUCAGGCUACAGAACAACUCCACGUUGAUCUCCUCGUUGUUGGCAGCCGUGGCCUCGGCAAAAUUAAGAGGGCCUUCUUAGGAAGUGUAAGCGACUACUGUGCACAUCAUGCAAAAUGUCCCAUCCUUAUAGUGAAGCCACCCAAGGAGACCACCGCCACCAAGCCGUGAAUGUUUUCAUAUUUCUGCCCAGUUCUCCUAAAUAAAGUCUUCUGUUUGUUACGCACUCUGCUGCUGUUUAAUGUUUUCGUUUUUUUUCGUUGUUGUGGCUGUGUUAAGAAAUAUAAUAUACUGUUAAUGUUAUUCUGUACCUAAGAAGGAUGACAAUAGAUCUGUGCCCUGAAAUUUUUAAUUUUUAAAUAAAAAAGUUGGAAUAUGAGUUUCUAU